AUGGCGGCGCCGCUUCCGAAGUGCCUCACGUUCUGGCAGCUCAUCCCGCUAGGAGUGGGGUCGACCAUAGGCGCGGGAGUGUACGUUCUCAUUGGCACAGUGGCACGGGAGAAGGCCGGACCGGCGCUGCCCGUCUCCUUCCUCAUAGCAGGCGUGGCGGCGGGCUUGGCUGCUCUCUGCUACGCUGAGCUCGCCAGUCGCUGCCCGUCCGCUGGGAGUGCCUAUCACUACGCGUACACGACUGUUGGGGAAGUGGUGGCAUGGCUCAUCGGCUGGGCGCUCAUUCUCGAGUACACCGUGGGUGGAGCAGCAGUGGCUCGAGGCAUUUCACCGAACCUGGCAACGGCGUUGGGAGGGGCGGACAGCUUGCCAUUCAUCCUUGCCCGCCUUCCUGUCCCAGGCACCACUGUAGUGUUGGAUCCGUGCGCUGCCCUCAUGGUGGCUGCGGUGACGGCACUGCUGUCUGCCGGCAUUAAAGAGAGCGCCAAUUUCCAGAUGGGUAUGACAAUAGCAAAUGUGAUAAUACUGCUGUUUGUGGCAGUGGCAGGGGCAUGGAUAGGGUUUACCUACGGAUGGCCGGGGUACAAGGAGUCUCCAAGCUAUCUACCAUUCGGAGUGUCGGGAUUGCUGGGGGGAGCUGCAAUGGCCUUUUUCUCGUACAUUGGGUUCGACACCGUAGCCAGCACAGCAGAAGAGGUGAAGCACCCUCAGCGCGACCUGCCUUUGGGGAUAGGCCUGUCCCUUACCUGCUGUGGCGCUCUCUACAUGGUGAUAGCAGCGGUGCUGGUGGGGCUGACUCCGUUUGACUGCAUUGACCCGGACACACCCAUGGCUCAGGCGUUUGACACCUACCAUUUGGAUUGGGCCAAGUACCUUGUGACAGGGGGUGCGCUCGCAGCUCUCUCCACCACUCUCCUCGGAUCCCUGCUGCCCCAGCCGCGCAUACUCAUGGUCAUGGCCCGCGACGGCCUCCUCCCAGCUUGGUUCGGCCGCAUCGACAAGGCCACGGGCGUACCUCAGAACGCGACAGCUGUCACCGGGCUAUUGGCCGCCGCCAUGGCGUUCGUGCUGGAUAUCGGGCAGCUGUCAGGCAUGGUCAGUGUGGGCACCCUUCUCGCAUUCACCACUGUCAGCCUCUCAGUCCUCAUCCUUCGCUACACCCCUCCCUCCUCUCCUCCCACCCCUCUCCCCUCCUCACACCCCCCUUCACUCCCCUCCUCUUCUUCCUCCAACAACCAGCUUUACCACCCCACAUCCUCCUCCUCCCGCCCCCUACCAGCCUAUACCUUCUCUCCCCCCACUCGACCCCAGUAUAUAACAUCCUCCCUUCCAACUGCCGCCGCAGGGGUGGGUUUUUUUGUCUCUUCCCCGCUCCCGGUCGGCCAAUCCAGUGUGUUCAGGCACAUGGGCUCGCCGGACAGCCUGGGUACAUCUCCGGCCGUUGAAAUCCGAUCCAACGGCCAGCUGCAGUCCGUGUUUUCCCUCACGCCCAACUCGUUUCAAGCACCACUGCUGGCUCGAUUGCUUGAAGAGAGGGCGGAAGAGGGGGAGGGGGAGGAGGGAGGGGAUGAGGAGGAGAGGGAGGACGGAAGAGGGGAGGAGGAGGAGGAGAGUGAGGAAGAGGGAGGGGAUGAGGAAGGGGAGGAGGUGGGAGGGGAAGAGCGAGAAGAGGAGAAGCAGCACCAUACAGCAAACCUUUCCACCGAAUACAAUGCCACAGUACCGAGGGGAAUGGGUGAUGAAGCUGCCGUUGACAUUGCCACUGGGGGCAACACUCUAGGAGUCAGGAAACAGGAUUCUGCUCACCCCACUGCUAUCACACCUACUACAGUCACUGCUACAGCCACACCUGCUGUGACAGGUCCUGCUACAGCCGCUACAGCUGCUACAGCCGCCACUGCACCCACAUCCCACAGACGCCUGGCCUCUCGAGCCAUCGUUGCUGUCUCGCUGGGAGCCCCACUCCUCGGGGUGGCCGCUGCUGCUGCUGCGGAUUCUGCUGACCUCCCCAGUACAGCAAAUUGGCUUCCUCUCCUACUAUUCUCUCUGGGUGGUGCACUGUUCCUCGGGGGGGCAGCAACGUUUGGAUGUAUCAAUGAGGACGAAGGAAGGCACCAGUUCGGAUCAGCAGGAGGGUUCCACUGUCCCUGGGUGCCGUGGCUUCCCCUUGCCAGCAUCCUUGUCAACGUCUAUCUCAUGGCCAAUUUAGGUGCCACCACGUGGCUCUACUCCUCCUCGUGGCUCGCCAUAGGAGCACUCGUUUACCUCGCAUACGGAAUUCGCCACAGCGCCCUGGGACAAGCCCAUGCGCCGGGCCCGCGCGUUCUGGAUGCUUCCAAGCGCACUGCCAGCUGGUGGAACCUGGGCACACCGUUUGAGGAGUGGGUGGUGCAGCAGACGCACAGGCAGGCAGGGAGAGGGGCAGGCAGAGUAGUGGAGGAGGGGAGAGUAGUGGAGGAGGGUAGUGGAGGAGGGGAGAGUAGUGGAGGAGGGGAACUCGUGCAAGGGGAGGGAAGGGAAGCAGCGGAGUGGUGA